GUCCUUCCUCUCCUGCAGCCCCAACCCAGCCUUCAGCAAGGGAUGAGCUACAGAAAUUCCUGCUUGGAUGGAAAAGGAGAGGGAGAAAGGAUCCACUUCACUGUGUGGACAACCCCUGGCAGAGAUGUGCUUGCCCUCAGCUGGCCAUAAGGUGGCUUCUGGUGCCGCCAGAGCACCCCGGGACUGGCACUCCGCCUGCAGCAGAGGCAGCUUGGCCCUGUGCAGCAGUCUCCUGCCUCCAGAAGCCCUCUGCUUAUGCUCCAGACAGUUUGGGUCUCUUCAGCAGGGAGCUGGGCUCUGAGGGGGUCUGGCUGCCACUGGCAUGGCAGACAAAGCACCUGGGCCUGUGGAUUUCUCCGAGCUGUCAUCCAGCGUCCAGGUCUGAGGCAUGACCCCAAAGGCUCAGGCAGAACAAGAAUGUUGAGGAAGAUCCAGAUCUGCCUCUGCUUCUGCUUCGUCUCGGGCAUCCUGUACGAGCUCUCCCUGCUCUCUGGCUGCUUCUUGCCCUACCUGCCCGUGCCCAAGCACCUGCUGGCCCCCGAGCAGGUGCUGAGCCUGGGCAGAAGCAUCAUCUUCCUGGAGACCAGCGAGCGCCUGGAGCCGCCCCCGCUGGUGAGCUGCUCGGUGGAGUCUGCUGCCAGGACCUACCAGGACAGGCCAAUCAUCCUCUUCAUGAAGGGGCUGGCCAACGGCACGGCCCUGCGCCCCGCCUCCAGCUACGCUGCCUUCUCCCUCCUCUCCUCCAUCAAGAAUGUCUUCAUUUUCCCUCUCCAGAUGGAAACCAUCUUCCAGGAGACCCCCCUGCUGUCCUGGUACAACCAGGUGGUCCCGGAGCAGGAGAAGAACUGGGUCCACGUCAGCUCUGAUGCCAGCAGGCUGGCACUCAUCUGGAAGUAUGGGGGCAUCUACAUGGACACAGAUGUCAUCUCCAUCAGGCCCAUCCCUGAGGAGAGCUUCCUGGCGGCGCAGAAGUCGCAGUUCUCCAGCAAUGGCAUCUUUGGCUUCCCUGCCCACCACAAGUUCAUCUGGGACUGCAUGGAGAACUUUGUCCUGAAGUACAACGGCAACAUCUGGGGCAAUCAGGGCCCCUUCUUAAUGACCAGGAUGCUGAAAGCCAUCUGCAACCUGACCGACUUCAGAGGCACCGAGGACCACAGCUGCCCUAACAUCUCCUUCCUCAACCCCCAGCGUUUCUACCCCAUCCCUUACCCAGCCUGGAGGAGGUACUACAAGGUGUGGGACCCCAGCCCCACCUUCAACCACUCCUACGCCCUGCACCUGUGGAACUUCAUGAACCACAACCGCAAAGCUGUGGUGGCAGGCAGCAACACGCUGGCCGAGCAGCUCUACCGAGCCUACUGCCCCACCACCUACCAGGACCUCAUCCAGAACGCCCAGCUGAGGCCCCUCACACGCUCCCAGGACGCUGCCUGACAGCAGGUCUGCUGCUGCCUGACAGCCCUCCCCCUCCCGGGGCCGAAGCACAGCUGUCAGCAGCUGGCUCUGCAGGAGAGAGACCCUUCUAGAGCCACCGUCCUUGCUCACUCGUGGUGCUAAGGAGUGUGUGCAGGGGGUGGUGAGGAUGGUCCGUGGGGUGUAGUCUCCAGGGACACCAAGGACACCUUUGCCUCAGUUCUGGUUUAGAGGUGCUCCUCAACCAAACCUUCCUGCAGCAGCUGAAGUCACAGGGCUCAUUGGUGAAGCUUCUCCGAGGGAGAAGGGCCUGAGGACUUGCCUGGGCCCCCGGGAGCAGUUUCUGCUCUGGACCCCUUGGCCCUGUCAGCAGUCGCUCACGCCAGGAGUGCUGGCGUGGGGCAAGUGUAGUGCAGCUGGAGGUUGGCAGCCACCAAGAGCUGAGGGAGGGCAGCCCCAGCCCCUGCUGCCUGGCUGCUCCGUGGGCUCUCACUCAGCUCCCACCCUACGUUUUUGAGAGGGGGAAAAUAAAAUGGGCCAACUGCCA